UGCUACCAUCCAUCAACCUCAGCCGACUGGCAGCAGCUGCUCUCCAUCUCAACUAGACCUGCUUCUGCUUCUCUCCGCCCAGUCACGUUCCCUCUGUAUCCUCAACCAGACCUGCCCAGCUCAGCCCAGUCACGUUCCCUCUGUAUCCUCAACCAGACCUUCCCAGCUCAGCCCAGUCACUUUCCCUCUGUAUCUUUAACCAGACCUGCCCAGCUCAGCCCAGUCACUCUCCCUCUGUAUCCUCAACCAGACCUGCCCAGCUCAGCCCAGUCACUCUCCCUCUGUAUCCUUAACCAGACCUGCCCAGCUCAGCCCAGUCACUCUCCCUCUGUAUCCUCAACCAGACCUGCCCAGCUCAGCCCAGUCACUCUCCCUCUGUAUCCUCUACCAGACCUGCCCAGCUCCCUCUGUAUCUAUCUGUAUCCUAAACCAGACCUGCCGAGUCCACAGGAGGUUGGUAGCACCUUAAUUGGGGAGGAAGGGCUUGUGGUAAUGGCUGGAGUGGAAUCGGUGGAAUGGUAUCAAAUCAAACACAUGGUUUCCAUGUCUUUGAUGCCAUUCCAUUCGCUCCAUUCCAGCCAUUAUUAUGAGCCAGCCUCCUGUGGCCCAGUCACUCUGGCUCAGUAUCUCUGUAGAUCUAUCCGUAUCGUAAACACCGGUUUCCUCCAGAACUUUAAUAUGCAGGGUAGUGCUGGACCUAAACAAUAUCCCCGUCCUUACUAUUAAGGCUGAGCUGACUUCUGUCUCUCUAGAAUGUCCUAUAUCAAUCCCCCUGUAUUCAGUGCCUGAUGGACUUCUCCCUCCAUCUUACUACAAUACAUCUGGUUCAUUUCUCUCUGUCCGUGACUCAGAACCGAGGUCAUGUGAGGAUGUGAAAUGGCCAAUGUGGUCAUGCACAAAAGAUGACUUUAAUGGGUAAUUCAAUACUAAUCAUGCAUUUAAUUCUGAAGGCUCAGCUUCUGUCCCACGUUUUAUUGCAGUGAUUUAUUUAGGUUUUCCCUGGGUAUAGGUCAGAGGUCCAUGGGAGAAUGAAAGGUCAAAGAGAAGUCAGCAAAAAAUGCCAAACUGGACCUGCCCAAGGCUAGCUGUCCCUGUUUAGAGACACUUUAUUUUCUCUCUGAGAGCCCUCUACUCUUCCCCACACUCACUCACUUCCUCCUCUGAUGCCAAGUUAUGGGUGCUGUGGUAAACAUGGGAAACCCAGAAACCUGCACCACUCCACAGUGUGCCACAGGCCUGGCUGUGCACAGAGGUGAGGCUAAGCAGGGCUUCACUCACACACUUUCUCUGUCAGUCUCUCCCAGGGGCAUAGAGAGGGGGAUUCACACAGCCAUUUUACAACUGUGUGUGUGUGAUGACUGCCUGAUGGCUGUCAUCUGAAUCAUUGCUCCUCAUGAGCCUCACCCUCUGUGAACUCCACAUUAAGGGUGUGUGUGUGUGUGUUUGGUGCCAUGUCAUCAGCCUUCCCUCAAGGCUGUGUUUUAUUGUUUAUGGGUGCAUGGUUGGGUUGUCUCUCUCUUAUUUAGCCUACUCUCGUAUGGAGGGAAAAUAUCUCAGGUUAUUUGAGGUCAGAAGUGAUGUCGAUCUACAGUCCAAUCCCAGUGUUUGUUGAUAUCUGUUCAGGCUUUUACUGUGAUAACCAUUCAGGUCACAUCGACACAAAGUCACAUGUUUAUUUAUUAUAUUUCUUAACAGGGAUUUCUCAUGGAAUUAGAUUCCUCCUCUCAGGGCUAUACCCGUCCUGUCACUGGCUCUAUUCAAGUCAACACUUUGGCGCAGGUUGAGAAAAAAAGUAAUAUGAGGCUAAUUGUUUUUGGCAGCUGAAGCUCCAAAAACAAAACACUAAUUAGAGGGAAUUUUUGAAAGUGAUGAGGGAAUACAUUGUGUGUGUCAGGGAAGGAGGCCGUCUCGCAUUUGAGGGAAAAAUAGGAGCUAGCUCAAAACAACAUCCCCAUCUUUAACACGCUUCCCUCCCAUUUGCUUAGUGAGGGGGAGAAAGGGAGCAGUUAUUUAACGCUGACCAGUGGAAUGUGAGCACUGUGAGACUGUGUGACUGCACCCCGCCAGACCUCUGGAGCUGCACAGCCAUUAGCCAGGGUAAAUACAGAAUAACAGUGCUGCUGCCAGGACAGGGGGAGAGGGCCCUAAGACACCCCAGCCACUACAGCUCCCCUGAGGGGUGUGCCACCGCACUGCAGCCGGGCCUGGGCAGAUAUCUGAUAUCAGCUCUGCUGGGUCCACUGUAAGCGCUCCUCUCUCUACCUGCCUGGUCUGCUGGUAUACUGUAGGCCCAAUCACAGUGGGAUUAGAACGGUGAUUACAUGACAUCACUCACUGAGAGCUGAUUCCAACAUUCUGUCUCCCUCUCUCUCUCUCCACAGACAUUAAAUAGUUCUGACGCAGGGGGCCGCCAGGAUACACUGGUUCAUGCCCACCUCUGGGCCAUGUAAACAACCUCACAUACAGUACCAGUCAAAAGUUUGGACACACCUACUCAUUCAAGGGUUUUUCUUUAUUUUUUACUAUUUUCUACGUUGUAGAAUAAUUGUGAAGACAUCAAAACUAUGAAAUAACACAUAUGGAAUCAUGUAUUAAGCCACUCUCCUUCUUGGUAAAAUAGCCCUUAAACAGCCUGGAGGUGUGUUUGGUCAUUGUCCUGUUGAAAAACAAAUGAUAGUCCCACUAAGCCCAAACCAGAUGGGAUGGCGUAUCGCUGCAGAAUGCUGUGGUAGCCAUGCUGGUUAAGUGUGCCUUGAAUUCUAAAUAAAUCACAGACAGUGUCACCAGCAAAGCACCCCCACACCAUAACACCUCCUCAUCCAUGCUUUACGGUAGGAACUACACAUGUGGAUAUCAUCCGUUCACCCACACCGCGUCUCACAAAGACACGGAGGUUGGAACCAAAGGACACAUUUCCACUGGUCUAAUGUCCAUUGCUCGUGUUUCUUUGCCCAAGUAAGUCUCUUCUUAUUAUUGGUGUCCUUUAGUAGUGGUUUCUUUGCAGCAAUUCGACCAUGAAGGCCUGAUUCACACAGUCCCCUCUGAACAGUUGAUGUUGAGAUGUGUCUGUUACUUGAACUCUGUGAAGCAUUUAUUUGGGCUGCAAUCUCUGAGGCUGGUAACUAUAGUGAACUUAUCCUCUGCAGCAGAGGUAACUAUGGGUCUUCCAUUCCUGUGGCGGUCCUCAUGAGAGCCAGUUUCAUCAUAGCGCUUGAUGGUUUUUGCGACUGCACUUGAAGAAACGUUCAAAGUUCUUUACAUUUUCCGUAUUGACUGACCUUCAUGUCUUAAAGUAAUGAUGGACUGUCGUUUCUCUUUGCUUAUUUUAGCUGUUCUAGCCAUAAUAUGGACUUGGUCAUUUACCAAAUAGGGCUAUCUUCUGUUUGACUGGUAGUGUACCUCCAUGACAUGUCAUGCCCAUUGAGAAAUCAGGGAUUGGAGUGAUGGGUUGGGCAAUUACACAUAAUCAGACAGACAGUGCAGUAUAAUGGUCUCAUAACAGAUUAAUGGUAAUGAUAUGUAAUGUUAGAAAUUAUCUGCCUAGAUAUUAUUUAAUUUUAAUCAAAAUUGUUCUAGAUCAUUCUGCUUUAAAAUAGGGGGUGGGCGGGAUUAAUGAAAGUGGACUGAGUAGUCAAAUGGGUUAACAGUGGCGGUCUGUGCUGUUUAAAAUGAGGGAGGAUGAUUAAUUUUUUUAUGAGCAUGGCCUUAUUUCUAUUACAGCAUAUUGGAUGACUGUCAUUCAUAUUCCAUUCACCCAGUUCAAUGUAACAUCGAUAGGAUUAGGCUACUACAUAAUACUCCAAUUUUACCUCUACCCAUCAAGAGGUUGCUACAACCUAGCCUAUGAAUGAAAGUUUACAAUGUAGGUGCACACAGGUCGAGAGAAAGAUUUGAGGUGACAGACAGUGACACAUGGACAGACACAUUCAUUAUCAUAAUAUCAUUAGUACAACAGUUGCAAAUUAGAGUUUCUAUUGGACAAAUUCAGGCAUGUUUAUCCCUGUUUCUUUCCGUUUGCUUCCGUUUAACCUCUUAAAUGUAAUGGCAAAAUUUAGAUUUCCGCCUAAAUAGACAUACCCAAAAGUAACUGCUAUUCGUUUGUAAUUACAUGAUUCUGACAUGCAAACACUUGGUAUAUUUGGAUAGAAGACAUCUGGGAGAUUAUGAGGAAAUGAUCAGAAGACAUAUGGUCCCCCUCCCCUCAUAUGGUCUUUGUCAUGUCGUUUACCUUGGUCUUGGGGAAACCGAUUCUGUUAGGACGAAUGGUGCCACAAGCCCCUAUUUUAUUUUUCAAGAGAUCUAUGAAAAGUGGAUGUCGAACAAUCAGACGGGGUGAUUAAAACUGCAGUGGGGGUGGUUGAAGAGGAGUGGGGCCUUUGUUGAGUGGCUGAUGUAGAACCAUCAGACGGGGUGAUUGACAUAGCAGUGGGGGGGUGAAGACCUUGACCGGCGGGGGCUCUUGCUGUGGAGGGGUGGCUCUCAAACGUCAUCAUCCAAAUCCUCUGUAUCCUCCACUCUAUGGUGAAUAAAAUAAAGGGAUAUAUUGUUGUAAAACACACAGAAUUACAGUUGACUACAUUUACAAAACGAUAUCACUGUAAAGUAAAAACACCAAGCCUAAACUUUAUCUGUACAGUGACUCACAUAGAAGGUGUGAAGCAGACACACAAUGCAAAUAGUAGCACUUUGGAGACAAGGGCAGAGGUGAGAACCACAAAUAAACAAUGGCUAAACAAAUGCUAGCUAAGUAAGUGAAAGUGAAAAGGAUGAAAUAUAGCUACAUCUCUCUCUCUCUCGCUCUCUCUCUCUCGCUCUCUCUCUCUCUCUCUUGCUCCUCCUUCAUUUUGAAUAAAUUAAUUUGUUAAAAACUGUUCAACUAUUGUCUUUCUCUCUCUUUGAGUGAACUACUAACCAAAUUGUAUGCACUACAGUGCUAGCUAGCUGUAGUUUAUGCUUUCAGUACUAGAUUCAUUCUCUGAUCCUUUGGUUGGGUGGACAACUUGUCAGUUCCUGCUGCAAGAGCUCUGAUAGGUUGGAGGAUGUCCUCCGGAAGUUGUCAUAAUUACUGUGUAAGUCUAUGGAAGGGGGGGAGAACCAUGAUCAUCCUAGGUUUUAUAUUGAAGUCCCAGAGGAGGAUGGAAGCUAGCUGUUUAGUUUAGUUUUAGUUUUAGUUUUCUACCAGGGGGUGUGGUCUUCUUCAGGCAAGAUUUCGGCUACACAAUUUUGUGCUAGUCAACUUUUAAAGACAGCAAUCAUUUAGUGACUCUUCAAAUGUUCUAUACUGCCAUCAGAAAGUAUUUCCACCCCUUGACCUUUUCCACAUUUUGUUGUGUUACAGCCUGAAUUGAAAAUUGAUUAAUUUGAGAUUUUUUUUUCACUGGCCUACACACAAUACCCCAUAAUGUCAAAGUGGAAUAUUUUUGUUAGAACAUUUUACAAAUUAAUAAAAAAAUUUAAGUUGAAAUGUCUUGAGUCAAUAAGUAUUCCACCCCUUUGUUAUGACAAGCCUAAAUCAGAAGUAAACAUUUGCUUAACAAGUCACAUCAUAAGCUGCAAGGACCCACACAUACAAUUAUCUGUAAGGUCCCUCAGUCGAGCAGGGAAUCUCAAACACAGAUUCAACCACAAAGACCAGGGAGGUUGUUCAAUGCCUAGCAAAAAAGGGUGCCUAUUUGUAGAUGGAUAAAAAUAUUAAAAAGCAUACAUUGAAUAUCCCUUUGAGCGUGGUGAAGUUAUUAAUUACACUUUGGGUGGUGUAUCGAUAGACCCAGUCUCUACAAAGAUACAGGCGUCCUUCCUAACUCAGUUGCCAGAGAGGAAGGAAACCUCUCAGGGAUUUCACCAUGAGGCCAAUGGUAACUUUAAAACAGUUACAGAGUUUAAUGGCUGGAAUAGGAGAAAACUGAGGAUGGAUCAACAACAUUGUAGUUACUCCACAAUACUAACCUAAUUGACAGAGUGAAAAGAAGGAAGCCUGUACAGAAUAAAAAUAUUCCAAAACAUGCAUCCUGUUUGCAACAAGGCACUGAAGUAAUACUGCAAAAAAUGUGGCAAAGCAAUUCACUUUUUGUCCUGAAUGCAAAGUGUUAUGUUUGGGGCAAAUCCAAUUCAACACAUUAUUGAGUACCACUCUCCAUAUUUUCAAGCAUAGUGGAGGCUGCAUAGUGUUAUGGGUAUGCUUGUAAUCGUUAAGGACUGGGGAGUUUUUCAGGAUAGAAAAUACAUGGAAUGGAGCUAAGCACAGGCAAAAUCCUAGAGGAAAACCUGGUUCAGUCUGCUUUCCACCAGACACUGGGAGAUGAAUUCACCUUUCAGCAGGACAAUAACCUAAAACACAAGGUCAAAUCUACACUGGAGUUCCUUACCAAGAAGACAGUGAAUGUUCCUGAGUGGCCGAGUUACAGUUUUAACUUAAAUCUACUUGAAAAUCUAUGGCAAGACUUGUAAAUGGUUGUCUAGCAAUGAUCAACAACCAAUUUGACAGAGCUUGAAGAAUUUUGAAAAUAAUAAUGGGCAAAUAUUAUACAAUCCAGGUGUGCAAAGCUCUUACCCAGAAAGACUCACAGCUGUAAGCGCUGCCAAAGGUGAUUCUACCAUGUAUUGACUCAGGGGUGUGAAUACUUAUGUAAAUGAGAUACUGUAUUUCUGUAUUUCAUUUUCAAUACAUUUGCUAACAUUUCUAAAAACAUGUUUAGAAUUUGUCAUAGGGUAUUGUGUGUAGAUAGGUGAGAGAAAAAUAUAUUUAAUCCAUUUUGAAUUCAGGCUGUAACACAACAACAUGUGGAAUAAGUCAAGGGGUAUGAAUACUUUCUGAACGCAAUUUAUGUGUGUUGAGCGUUGUUCCCAGUCAGUCAACAGAGUCCCUUACUCCCAGGCGGCCUGCUAGCCGGCAGGAGGAAGCGUAGGAGACUUUCUCAGGCCUGUGUUUUAAAAACCCAGUGAUUAUGUCAUUUACUCUGGGCUAUGGGCACAGCUACAGAAGUCCAGAGUCCGCUCUAUGUAUGUGGUAUGUGGUCUCACAGCCAGUUUAAAGCAGGCAUAUUUGGGGAUGUGGUUUCUUGCUAUUCUACUGACGGUAUAGACAAGAACAUCAUAAAUCAUGGUGCCUCCCAUUAUUGUAAUCAUGCCCUUUUAAUAGGGGUAGUAGUGGUGGUGUUCGUUAUUGUGGUGUAAUGUUGUUUUUGUCAUUGUCCUUUUGAUGGUAGUUCUGUAGUGGAUGUGAAGACAUGAAAAUGGAAUGAUUUGACGUGGGUUGUGGAGCUUACACCCAUAAUGUGUCAACCUCUUAUCAUUAUAUUAUUAUAUAUUAUUAUUAUAUUAUUAUCAUGUAUUUUAUCUGUUACCACUAGUACAAUAUGUGUAAUGCUGAGUGUUUACUAAUAAUGGGGACUUUCCUGUCGUUACAAAUAGAAGGUUUCACUUAAUAGUAUUUUCUGUUGGUUUGGCAAAUACUCUCUCCUCUUUAACGCCAUACUUUUUAAGGCAUGUAAUCAUAAUUUCAUGAUCACUUUGACUCAGGGAUGGGGUUCUUUGAUGGGGUGGGGGCCACAAAAAAUCUGAACUCAUCAUGAGGGGCAGCAGUGGCUCGCGGGUCUGCGGACCCACAUCUAUACCAACACGUGCAGCACUAAGUAAAAAACAAACAUUUUAGUGGCCCGUCUCAUGACAUCGGAGAGAGUUAAUUUCCUGAAAUGUACACAUUUUGCCAUGGGGCGUAGAGAAAAUGUUGCAGUUUUAAAGAAAGUUUGCUGCAAUUCUACACAUUUUGCCAUAGGGCGGAGAGAAGAUAUAGCAAUUUUAAAGCUAAUUUCAUGCAAUUAUACAAUUUUUUUAAUGGAGCAGAGACAAAAAUGAAUACGUUUUGAAUAUGAUAUCUGAGUGAGAGUGACUAACCAUGAUUACUACAAGUUUAUAUAGCAGGCUAGACCAACUUGCCAAACUUAAACAUGUUAGCUGACAUAGGCUAAUUAAGUGACUGUCAGUGAAUUACGUAACAAGAGAAAAAUUCACAAUGUGGAAAUUGCACCUUGUGUAGUCUACUAUUCUAACUCUCAACAUUAAGUUGAGACCCCGACUGAGUUUAGUUUUUGGAAAUUGAUCCGCUGGCCUACUAAAGGGGGGCUGCCAGUUGCCCAUCCCUGCUUUAAAGGAUGAUACAUAUUUGUUAAGCCAUGAGAAGCUGGCCAGCCUUACUCUGACCCACUGACAUAAUGAACAAGGAAUAAAUCCCUGUGUACAUCUGAAAGCAUACGUUUCUUAGAAGACAAUAUGAAAUUCAUAUUGUCUUCUAUGAAACUUCAGCUUUCAGAUUGUCUUCUAAGAAACCUAUGCUUUCAGAUGUAUGAAAUUCAUAUUGUCUUUCAAGAAACGUAUGCUUUCAGAUUGUCUUCUAAGAAACCUAUGCUUUCAGAUGUACACAGGGAUUCAUUCCUUUUGCAGCUCACUGUACUUAGACUAGCUGUUGAACAGGAGCGUUAAACUAUAAUUAGUUAAUUUUGAGCUGGGAAUAUUUGAGUUGAGAGAGAGAGGCUGUGGUUGGAUGGGAGGCUGUAGGGGGAGGCGGCCACACUGCUGCUGUGUCAUCUCCAGACAGACAGAAGUGCGUGGGUGGGAGGCCACACUCCGAGCAAAACCCCAGGGGCAAGCAGAGGGCACCCCUUAUACAAACAUACACACACAAACAGCAUACAGACAGGCAGGAGAUCCCCUCUACUAAAGCUCAUGUUGAGGUCUGGGGGCAGUAUGAGUUUUUCUGGUUUUACAUGCACUGUAUGAACUGUGAUGCAGUGAUAUGAGAGAGCUCUGAGUUUUCAUCGCUUCACCUAGGUUUCAUUUUAAUGGGGACUUAGUUUAACCUAUUGUUGCUCCUGGGGCUUUGGAUCACUGAAAAGGAAAUAGAAUGGUUCUUGCUCAAUCUGGAGUGUAGAAACGUCCAGGUUUGGCAUUGAAAAUGGGUGAAGUCUUGAGUUAGUAAAGUAACUAUUGUUAAAAUAUUAUCCUUGGCUAAAACUCUCCACCCUGUUGUCCUCAAACCUGGUUGAUUGGAAUGAAAAACCUAGCAACCAGUAAUUGGUCUGAAGUAAUAUAAUUAAACAUUCCAAAAUGUGUCAGUAUUUCUGUGUAUGUACAGUGCCUUGCAAAAGUAUUCAUCCCCCUUGGCAUUUUACAACCUGUAAUUUAAAUGGAUUUUUAUUUCGAUUUCAUGUAAUGGACAUACACAAAAUAGUCAAAAUUGGUGAAGUGAAAUUUUAAAAAUUCAUAAAACUCAAUAACGGAAAAGUAGUGCAUGCAUAUGUAUUCACCCCCUUUGCUAUGAAGCCCCUAAAUAAGAUCUGGUGCAACCAAUUACCUUCAGAAGUCACAUAAUUAGUUAAAUAAAGUCCACCUGUGUGCAAUCUAAGUGUCACAUGAUCUGUCACAUGAUCUCAGUAUAUAUACACCUGUUCUGAAAGGCCCCAGAGUCUGCAACACCACUAAGCAAGGGGCACCACCAAGCAAGCGGCACCAUGAAGACCAAGGAGCUCUCCAAACAGGUCAGGGACAAAGUUGUGGAGAAGUACAGAUCAGGGUUGGGUUCUAAAAAAAUAUCAGAAACUUUGAACAUCCCACGGAGCAACAUUAAAUCCAUUAUUAAAAAAUUGAAGAAUAUGGCACCACAACAAACCUUCCAAGAGAGUGCCACCCACCAAAACCAUCCCCACAGUGAAUCAUGGUGAAUAGUUAUGCACGCUCAAGUUUUCUGUUUUUUUUGUCUUAUUUCUUGUUCGUUUCACAAGAAAAAAUAUUUUGCAUCUUCAAAGUGGUAGGCAUGUUGUGUAAAUCAAAUGAUACAAACCCCCCAAAAAAUCUAUUUUAAUUCCAGGUUGUAAGGCAACAAAAUAGGAAAAAUGCCAAGGGGGGUGAAUACUUUCGCAAGCCACUGUAUAGUAUUGUACAUCUAGGUCUACGUUAGUGCAACCUGGACUCAGGGGUAGACGUAACAUAGUAAAUGUAAAUCCGGGAAACUCCAAUUAGUAUGAUGUGUUACGUUUCGUAUGGUAUUCAUUAAUUUGUGGACAUCCAUCAUCCAUUUCAUAUGAAAUGUUAUGAAUUACAAUUUGUAUGAUAUGUUACGUAUUGCAAUUUGUACAAUAUUUUACGAAUUGCAAUUUGUACAAUAUGUUACAAUUUUGAGAACAUAUAUGUUACGAAUUCCAAUUUGUUGUGGCUAACGUUAGCUAGGUGACUAGGUGGCGGGUUUAAAGUCAAAAUCAACUCAAAUCAAAUGCUUACUUACAAGCCCUUAACCAACAAUGCAGUUCAAGAAAUAGAGUUAAGAAAAUAAUUACUAAAUAAACGAAAGUAAAAAAAUAUAAAACAAUUACACAAUAAAAUAACAAUAACAAGGCUAUAUACAGGGGGUACCGGAACAGAGUCAAUGUGCGGGGGUACAGGUUAGUCGAGGUCAUUUGUACAUGUAGGUAGGGGUAAAGUGACUAUGCAUAGAUAAUAAACAGCGAGUAGCAGCAGUGUAAAAACAAAGGGGAGGGGGGUCAAUGUAAAUAGUCUGGGUGGCUAUUUGAUUAAUUGUUCAGCAGUCUUAUGGCUUGGUGGUAGAAGCUGUUAAGGAGCCUUUUGGACCUAGACUCAGUGCUCCGGUACCGCUUGCCAUGCGGUAGCAAUGAGAACAGUCUAUGACUUGGGUGAUGGGAGUCUUUGACCAUUUUUGGGCCUUCCUCUGACACCACCUAUUAUAUAGGUCAUGGAUGGCAGGAAGCUUGGCCCCAGUGAUGUACUGGGCUGUACUCACUACCCUCUGUAGCGCCUUACGGUCGGAUGCCGAGUAGUUGCCAUAACAGGCGGUGAUGCAACCGGUCAGAAUGCUCUCGAUGGUGCAGCUGUAGAACUUUUUUAGGAUCUGGGGACCCAUGCCAAAUCUUUUCAGUCUCCUGAUGGGGAAAAAGUGUUGUUGUGCCCUCUUCACGACUGUCUUGGUGUGUUUGGACCAUGAUCGUUUGUUGGUGAUGUGGACACCAAGGAACCUGAAACUCUAGACCCGCUUCACUACAGCCACACGAUCAGCUCCUUAGUCUUGAUCACAUUGAGGGAGAGGUUGUUGUCCCGGCACCACACUGCCAGGUCUCUGACCUUCUGCCUAUAGGCUGUCUCAUCGUUGUCGGUGAUCAGGCCUACCACCGUUGUGUCGUCAGCAAACUUAAUGAUGGUGUUGGAGUCGUGCUUGGCUACGCAGUCGUGGGUGAACAGGGAGUACAGGAGGGGACAAAGCACACACCCCUGAGGGGCCCCAGUAUUGAGGAUCAGCGUGGCAGAUGUGUUGUUGCCUACCCUUACCACCUGGGGGCAGAGGGAGGUGUUUAGUCCCAGGAUCCUUAGCUUAGUGAUGAGCUUUGUGGGCACUAUGGUGUUGAACGCUGAGCUGUAGUCAUUGAACAGCAUUCUCACAUAGGUGUUCCUUUUAUCCAGGUGGGAAAGGGCAGUUUGGAGUGCAAUUGAGUUUGUGUCAUCUGUGGAUCUGCUGGGGCGGUAUGCGAAUUGGAGUGCGUCUAGCGUUUCCGGGAUGAUGGUGUUGAUGUGAUCCAUGACCAUCCUUUCAAAGCACUUCAUGGCUACCGUCGUGAGUGCUAUGGGGCGGUAGUCAUUUAUGUAGGUUACCAUCUCUUCCUUGGGCACAGGGACUAUGGUGGUCUGCUUGAAACAUGUAGGUAUUACAGACUCGGUCAGGGAGAGGUUGAAAAUGUCAGUGAAGACACUUGCCAGUUGGUCCGUGCAUGCUCUGAGUACACGUCCUGGUAAUCCGUCUGGCCCGCGGCCUUGUGAAUGUUGACCUGUUUAAAGGUCUUGCUCACAUCGGCUAUGGAGAGCAUGAUCACACAGUCGUCCGGAACAGCUGGUGCUCUCAUGCAUGCUUCAGAGUUUUUUAAAAAUAUUUUUUAUAAUAUUUUUUUAUUCCUUAGCGAGUUGGAUACAGACUGAGAGUGUGUAGAGUAUUGGACUAUGGAGAUGCCUUUUCCUUUGUUUGUCCUGGAACUGUCAGGACUUAUUGACUCACGGACUAUUGUUCUGGGUUACGUGUGUGUGUGUGUUUGUGUGUGUUUUGUGUGUGUGUGUUUGUUUGUUUGGGCAGAUACUAAGAACUGUUCUCAUGAACCUCUUGCAUCCCAAGGCUUGGGGUCUUACAUCAAAUGUCAGAGGUUAUCAGAAAGCCAGUGCUGAAAAUGAGGAGGUGCUGGACUCCUAACCCUCACUCCCCGACCAAAUAGGACAUUGGUGGGCAGUGCCCAAAGAGAUGCCCAGGCGGCACCACAGUCUUUAUCUGACCGAUCAACCCUGUUGAUCAUGUAUUGAUUUAGGGGACAAAGAGGGACUUGAAGCAGUGACCCUCUGUGAAAUGAGUGUACUACCUGUGCCAUAAAAGGCCAGACCUCUUGGCAGGGGCUUUAGGACAUUGACAUACUGGUAGGGGAGCUAGACAAUAAUUGUGUCCCAAAUCGCUCCCUAUUCACCACACGUAUAGUGUGUUACUUUUGUCCAGGGCCCAUAGGGCUCUGGUCAAAAGUAGUGCACCAUGUAGGGAACAAGGUGCCAUUUGGGACGCAAAAUGCCUAUCAAGGGCUAUAUGCUGCUAAUGUGAGCUAGCUUGUUGUGACCCUAUUGUCAUCGACCUGACCUCUGGCAUUACUAUUUAAAGGGAUAGCUUCCCUGUACGUAAUAGCUAUGUGUAAAAUAGAUUGUGCAGGUGUAUCUAUUGUAUAUUUUGUAUAUGUACAAAUGUUGGUGAAAUAUAUAUUUUGAGUUUUGCGUGUCAAGGUAAUGUUUUGUGCAAUACCUUUUUCUUCUUUCUUUUUUCUUCUUUCUUUUUUAUGCUGUCUUAUGGAACAUUGUUGUUCUUCUGCAAGCAUGAUUCAUUUCUAUCACCACACACUCAUCGAGUAUCAUUCACAUCACAUACGUGCAGAGACUCCAAGUCCUUUUUAACAACCUGGAAUGAGAAACAUAUUUUGAGGAGGACCUGCUGAACAGCUUAAACCUGUUAUCUGGUCUGUUCUGAUCGAGAGAUAAAUGUAACCUUGGAAAUCAGAAAACAACAUGCUCACAGAGUAAUCAAUGGGCAAGGCCUUGUGUACCUGCUACUCUAUGAUGAGAAUCAAUCCAGAGUGUGUGUUGAGAGAAUAAGUCAAUCAACAAAGAACUGAAUCAUGUGAGCGAUCCAUCCCUUUUCAUUUUCACAGAGGGAUUUCUUCCUGGAACAUGUUCUAGUUCCAUCCAUAGACAUAUAGUCAGUAUGAUAUCAAUCAAUCAAAUGUAAAUGAAGCCCAUUUUACAUCAGCAGUCGUCACAAAGUGCUUUACAGAUACCCAGUGUAAAACCCCAAAGAGCAAGCAAUGCAGAGGCAGAAGCACAGUGGCUGAUAUGAUGGGAGAAAGGGAGAAAGUUGGAAGGGUGAAGCUGUAUUUGGAAUUGAAUUGAGAAAUCACAAAACUGAUGCUGUGGAUCAUUGCAUGCUUCAGUGUUGCUCGCCUCGAAGCGAGCAUAAAAGGUAUUUAGCUCGUCUGGUAGGCUUGCGUCACUGGGCAGCUCGCGGCUGGGUUUCCCUUUGUAGUCCGUAACAGUUUUCUAGCCCUGCCACAUCCGAUGAGCGUCAGAGCCGGUGUAGUAGGAUUCAAUCUUAGUCCUGUAUUGACACUUUGCCUGUUUGAUGGUUCGUCGGAGGGCAUAGCGAGAUUUCUUAUAAGCGUCCUGAUUAGUGUCCCGCUCCUUGAAAGCGGCAGCUCUAGCCUUUAGCUCGGUGCAGAUGUUGCCUGUAAUCCAUGGCUUCUGGUUGGGAUAUGUACGUACGGUCACUGUGGGGAAGACAUCGUCGAUGCACUUAUUGAUGAAGCCGGUGACUGAGGUGGUAUUUUCCUCAAUGCCAUUGGAUGAAUACCAGAACAUAUUCCAGUCUGUGCUAGCAAAACAGUCCUGUAGCGUAGCAUCCGCGUCACCUGACCACUUCCAUAUUGACCGAGUCACUUGAUUGUGGCCUGUGGAAUGUUGUCCCACUCCUUUUCAAUGGCUAUGCGAAGUUGCUGGAUAUUGGCAGGAACUGGAACACGCUGUCGUACACGUCAAUCCAGAGCAUCCCAAACAGCUCAAUUGGUGACAUGUCUGGUGAGUAUGCAUGCCAUGGAAGAACUGGAACAUUUUCAGCUUCCAGGAAUUGUUUACAGAUCCUUGCGACAUGGGGCUGUGCAUUAUCAUGCUGAAACAUGAGGUGAUGGCGGCGUAUGAAUGGCACGACAAUGGGCCUCAGGGUCUCGUCAAGGUAUCUCUGUGCAUUCAAAUUGCUAUCAAUAAAAUGCAAUUGUGUUCGUUGUCCGUAGCUUAUGCCUGCCCAUACCAUAACCCCACCACCACCAUGGGGCACUUUGUUCACAACGUUGACAUCAGCAAUCCGCUCACCCACACAACACCAUCUGCCCGGUACAGUUGAAAACUGGGAUUCAUCCGUGAAGAGCACACUUCUCCAGCGUGCCAGUGGCAAUUAAGGUAAGCAUUUGCCCACUGAAGUCGGUUAUGACGCCGAACUGUAGUCAGGUCAAGACCCUGGUGAGGAUGACGAGCACGCAGAUGAGCUUCCCUGAGACGCUUUCUGACAGUUUGUGCAGAAAUUCUUCGGAUGUGCAAACCCACAGUUUCGUCAGCUGUCUGGGUGGCUUGUCUCAGACCGGAUGUGGAGGUCUUAGGCUGGCAUGGUUACACGUGGUCUGUGGUUGUGGAACAUUUCUGGGAUCUUUUUUUUCAGCUCAUGAAACAUGGGACCAACACUUUACAUGUUACGUUUAUAUUUUUGUUGCUAAUUAGCUAAAAUGCUAAAGUUGUCCGCGAUGAGAUUCGAACACCAACCUUUGGGUUGUUAGACAUUUCGCGUUAUACGCCCACCCGUCCACUCCGACCAACCACCGUACUUUAGUUUUUGCCUUAAGUAACCUUCUGUCUUAUGUAACCAUACCAAAUGUAACAUAUCAUACUUAUUUGAGUGUCCCGGAUUUACGUUUACUAUGUUGCAUCUAGUCUAUGAAACCAGGCUGGUUAGUGUGCCAAAUCUGUGGUAGUGUGUCAGUGGGCACACUUUGUGUAUGUGUGUGUGUGUGUACAUUCGUAUCUAUGUGUGUAUCGUUGUCUCAGCUUGCUCACACUACAGUUGAUGAAUGACAGGUAUGUGAAUGAAAAAUUCUCUGCAUCUGGAGAAGCAAUAACAGCAGAUUCAUUUGGAUCCCUCUGAUGGUUCUUCCAUUGCACUUUCUCUAUUCUACUUCUCUUUCUCACACACUCCUCCCCUCUCCCCCUUUCUCCAUUCCUCCAUCUCUCCCUUUUCUUCUCUCUCUCUCUCUCUCUCUCUCACUUUCUCUCUCUCUCUCUCUCCCUUUCUGUCCCUCUAUUUCCUGCAGUUCCUCCCCUACACACUGUCUGUCUCAGUCUAAAUCACGGCAUUAUGGGGAAGGCGCUCUCACUCCUCUGUCACAUAAAACACUAUGUUGAGAAGAGCUUUGAAAAAAAAGUCCUUUCUCCCUCCUCCUCUCCCACUGUCUUUUCUCUCUUUCGCUUCCAGCACAUGCUGGAUAGGAAAAAGAUUUUCCCUUUAAAUGCGGUUUGGAACAUACCUGUGAGCCAAUUUUGAGUAUAACAUCUAUUUCCAAAGACAUGGCAUUAAAAUUGUAUAAUGUGAAAGUGACAUGUGAGGAUAAUUUAAAACACGUCCCCUGAGGAUUUGGGCUCGUUAUUAAUGGUGGUGGCCGUGAAUUUAUAUCCAUAUUGGGAUCAUAGGUUUCAUAGAAGUGCUUUAUAAUAUAUAGUGCUGUAUAAUAUAGCCUAGAUAGCACCACCCACUGGGCACAGACGUCAGUUCAACGUCUAGUUUUGAUUUACGUUUGGUUGAGUUGUCUUACGAACGUGAAUUCAAUGUGAAAUCAACAACAAAUGUCACCAUGUCAUUGGAUUUAGGUUGAAAGUUGGGUGAUUAAAAAUAAAAGCCCUUACGUUGAUGACUUUUUGCAAAUACAAUCAGUUUUCCAUGUAGAUUCAUCAUCAUCACAUAUAUAUUUUGGGUUGAAAUGACAUGGAAACAACGUUGAUUCCACCAGUCUUUGACCAGUGGGCAAGCAUUUGUUGGCAUGGUAAUAGAGCUUAAAGCUGGGUGGCUUUAGUGUUUCAGAUGAUCUACGCUAGGCCAUUCUGACACUGUCUGCUACCCACUCAACAGAGUGAGAGAUUUUCACCUCUGCAGACUGUCUGUGCUCAGUUGGGUUUCAUAAUUCAGGGAUGCAGAGGAAUACAUAUUAUCAUGACUGGAUCAUAACAGUCCCACAUCGUAUCACUCACUCAGACAGUCUGCAGAAAGCAUUAGUCCAUGUGUAUUAUACCCAGGUCUCUCAAACUGCCCUGGGUUGGUUUAGAUAGAUGAAGCAGAUGUGGAGUCUAGUUUAAACCCCUCCUGUACACUGUAAGAGGACCAGUUAGAGUCCUGGCGUCCUGAUCCAGUCAGUGUGGUGUAGACUGAUUAGUGGACUUGGAGGUCCACCCUCUCUACCUGAUUAGUUACUGUAUGUGGUGAGUCUGUCACGCUAAGCACCAGUCCUCCAUCCAACUACUGUAGCUAAUCUGUGGGGAAGGGAAUACCAUUUCCCCCUUUAUUCAGAUUACAACCUCUCACUUUAAAUUAUUUGAAAAGGAAAUAAUCUCCCAAAUAUCACUAUUUCUAAAACAAUCCAUAGAAAGUUGGUUGCAAUUUCAAUUUAAUCCUCCAGAAACGACAGAACAAAUAAUGCAACAAAUAUUGUGGUUAAACUCAAAUAUACUAAUUGAUAAAAAAUUAAAAAGGUAUAAUCUUCGUAAAUGAUAUCAUAGGUAGGACUGGUGGAGUUAUGUCGCACAUGCAGCUAACAAAAACAUAUGGAAGGGGGAGAAAGUAAGGAACUUGUCUGUCGGCCUUGCAUUAAAGAACAUAAUUGGUUAAAGAAAAUUGCGAUAAAUAAAAAAGUAUAUCAGUUUCAUUUAAGGACCAAAGGAUUGACAGCCGUCCCAUAUAGAUUGCAAAAUAGUUGGGAAGAGAUUUUUGACGUACCGAUUCCAUGGCAUAGUGUUUAUGAACUGAUACGCAAAACGAUGCCGGAUUCAAAACAAAAUUCUUGCUACCAAUAGAAUGUUAUUUAUAUGGGGGAUGCACCAAUAUAAUGUAAUUUAUAUGGGGGAUGCAAUCUUCCCAGCUCUGCAGAUUUUGCUGCGAAGAGACAGAAUCAUUAGAUCAUUUGUUUUGGUACUGUCCAUUUGUGGCUUGUUUUUGGUCACAGGUCCAGGAAUGGCUGAAGGAUUGCAAUAUUAACCUGGAGCUAACCCUGCAGAUAGCACUACUGGGUGAUCUGAAAAGUCAUAGUCAAUCGAUCAAUAAUAUAAUAAUACUUUUAGCAAAAAUAUUUAUUUUCAAUUUACAAUCUGUAGAAACAAUGAGAAUAGAAAGGUUCAAUAUGGAUGGUGUUAAGAGAUAGAUGGGAGGUGUUGAAUGGAGCUGAAGGAUGGGACUAAUAACAACUAACAACAACUAAUAACGGAAAGAUAACUACUGUAGGGCAUGCUGUGUCCAUAAUAAGUAUAUAGGUUAGAGGUUGAGAGCUUUUGUGAAGGAGAACAGUUGGAGAGAUAUGGCAUAUAGAAGCAAACUGGAUCAUGAAAAUGAUCGGAGAGGUUGAAGAAGUUCAGGAGUGAAAACAAACAAAAUAGAAGGAUUGUAAAAUUGACUGUGUCCAUAAAAUGUAUAUAGUAUGUAUAAGCUGGAAGUAGAGGCCUAAGCGUUGUUGUUCACUAGUUUACUCCAAUUAGGGAAGGGGUGGUGGAGUUGGAAAGUAAUAAAGGGAAAUAUAUUUUUUAAAGGAUAUGUAUGUAUGUAUGUAUGUAUGUAUGUAUAUAUAUUUAUAUGUAUGUAUGUGUAAAUGUAUGUGUGUAUAUGUAUAUUUAUAUAUAUUUGCGAGAGAAAAAAAACAUGGGGGAUUGGAAGUGAUGCAGACAAUUACAUUGAUGGAAGUUACAAUCUCAAAUCAAAUCAAAUCACAUUUUAUUGGUCACAUACGCCGAAUACAACAGGUGCAGACAUUACAGUGAAAUGCUUACUUACAGCCCUUAACCAACAGUGCAUUUAUUUUAAAAAAAUAAAAGUAAAAAUAAAACAACAACAAAAAAAGUGUUGAGAAAAAAAGAGCAGAAGUAAAAUAAAAUAACAGAAGGGAGGCUAUAUAUACAGGGGGGUACCGGUGCAGAGUCAAUGUGCGGGGGCACCGGCUAGUUGAGGUAGUUGAAGUAAUAUGUACAUGUGGGUAGAGUUAAAGUGACUAUGCAUAAAUAAUUAACAGAGUAGCAGCAGCGUAAAAAGGAUGGGAUGGGGGGGCAGUGCAAAUAGUCCGGGUAGCCAUGAUUAGCUGUUCAGGAGUCUUAUGGCUUGGGGGUAGAAGCUGUUGAGAAGUCUUUUGGACCUAGACUUGGCACUCCGGUACCGCUUGCCGUGCGGUAGCAGAGAGAACAGUCUAUGACUAGGGUGGCUGGAGUCUUUGACAAUUUUGAGGGCCUUCCUCUGACACCGCCUGGUAUUGAGGUCCUGGAUGGCAGGAAGCUUGGCCCCAGUGAUGUACUGGGCCGUACGCACUACCCUCUGUAGUGCCUUGUGGUCGGAGGCCAAGCAGUUGCCAUACCAGGCGGUGAUGCAACCAGUCAGGAUGCUCUCGAUGGUGCAGCUGUAGAAUUUUUUGAGGAUCUGAGGACCCAUGCCAAAUCUUUUCAGUCUCCUGAGGGGGAAUAGGCUUUGUCGUGCCCUCUUCACGACUGUCUUGGUGUGUUUGGACCAUGAUAGUUCGUUGGUGAUGUGGACACCAAGGAACUUGAAGCUCUCAACCUGUUCCACUACAGCCCCUGCAAUAUUAAAGCUGAUCUAUCCCCCCAACAUAAUUUUUUUUUUUUAUAUAUAAUUCCCAGUACAAGCACACAUCAAGAGAUGUACUUGAAAUGGCAGACGGCCCUGUGCUGCAGUCUUUGUUGUGAAGCCCAGUGCUGGGGUUAUUUCUAAACAUCAAAAAGAAUGACUCAAUCACCUGAUUUUUGUUUAACCACAGCGAAGUACAGUCUGCUUCAUGGCAUGUGCACAACAUUUUCUUGGAGACAGAGAUAUAAUUUUGAGUACUAUUACCUAAGGGCUUUGUUAUUUCUUUCAUAGAAGCCCUUCCAGUUGUUUGUCAUGGAGGGGACCUAAGUAUAGCGUGUGUGUGUGUGUGUGUGUGCGUGCGUGCGUGCGUGUGACUGCUGUGAGCUCCAGCUCCCUGUCAGAGGGUCUACUCUGCUCUCUCUGAGACAGCGUCUCAGCCAGACCGGCCCUCUCCCCAAGCCUUACCAGACUUUUCCUAUGUUGUCUCUCCAGUCCCUGUGGGUUUAAGUUGUAUAGUUGGGUUUGGAUGGAGGUUACACCCCUGUCCUUUCUUUCUUUCAUUCUUUCUCCCUCUCUUUCUCUGUCUUCUCUUCCUAAUUGUCUAUCCAUCAUAGAUUGCUCCGCUUUCUCUCUCCCUCUCUCACUCUCUUUCCAGCUUUCUAUACUGAGACAAAAAGUCAGCCAGGCACACAAUAGAUGUCUCUGCUCAGUACGAGGUUGGGAAGUCCUUCUCCAGCUGGAUUACUCUCUGUGUUUUCCCCUGCUAUCUUUGAGCCUCCCCACUAACCUGCUGCUGCAUGUAGCGGUCUGCUCUGGGUUAAAGACCACUGUCACGGGUAAUUAUGGUGCAGGCUGCGUCAGAACAGCCCAGUCGACCCCGCUGCACAUUUAAACAGAGGGAUUUCUCCACUUGCUCUGUUCCUUGACUUUCAUUGGUUUAAAGAUAAUAAUAAUAAUAAUAAUAAGCCAUUUAGCAGACGCUUUUAUCCAAAGCGACUUACAGUCAUGCGUGCACACAUUCAUGUCCCCGUUGUGUUAGAGGUCAUCUAGUCCCGUUAUUACACAGCGGCCUAGACUCCGAGGAAGUCCAGGCCUAAUUGCUUCAGUGUGUGGUGCUCUGCUCUGCCGGGCGGGUAACACGAAGAGGCCUCCUCUCAACCACUGGGUGGGUCUCCGUCUCAGUCAGACAUGCUGAGCCGUCUCUCUCUCUCGCUGGCUGGCUGGCUAACGCUGGCUGGCUGCCUGGCUGGCUGGCUGCCUGGCUGGCUGGCUCACGCUGCCUGCAUCCCUGUGAUUCUGUUAUGUUAGACUGCAGUGCAAGACAUCCAAACCACUGAGCUUCAGCUUCUGAUUUCAUUUAUGAACACAAUAUGGGACAGAGAGAGACUACAACAUUUUGGGAAUGAUAAAUUGUCAAAAUGUCAAUUUGUUACUGUUUAUGUUAUUUAGUGCAAUUUAUUGCACAAUUUGUGCUAUGACUAUUCUAAUAUGUGUGUUAUUAAUGCACCAAUCUUCCUGGGUAUUAUUUCUGCUGAUUGUCUGUCUGGUUUGUAUUCUGCCCCCACUGUUUCAUCUGAUUCUCCUUUAGGGAGAAAAGGAGCUCCUAGAAAAGUAAACACAAAGGGAAACCUAUGGAGCAGUAUAUAUGGCAUAGCAGAUCUCCUGUGGUUUCAAGUCUUUUCCGUAUACCAGUAAAAAGCGGUCAUUCGUAUCAGUGUUCUACUCUUCCCUAACCUAACGUACAGGCGUAAAAGAUAUGCCUGAAACUACAUCCCCUACAUCAGGGGUAUUCAACUCUUACCCUACGAGCCUGCUGGUUUUCUGUUCUACCUCAUAAUGAAUUGCACACACCUGGUGUUCCAGGUCUAAUUCAGUCCCUGAUUAGAGGGGAACAAUUAAAAAAUGCAGUGGAACUGCAUACUGGGCUUAAUGAGAAGAAAAAAACCUGUCGGGGGAGGUUGUCUUCUGCACUGUUCAACCAAUCCAGUAAAUGUGGACGAGGAGUUAAGAUGGAGUGUCGCCUUGUUAACGGCUUAGUGCUAACCAAGAUCCUUGGGACGUCCCUACCCUAAACCCUAACCUUAACACCAACCCUGACCCUGACCCUAACCUUAACCAUAACACUUACCUAACCUUACCUUAACCCUUACCAUAACCAUUAGGAGGGGAGGGGGGGGGGGGGGGGGGGGGGGGGGGGGGGGGUAUUGACGUCCCAAGGACCCUUGUUAACGUUCAAAAGUGGAAGUCGAGUCACAGGCUCUCUUUCCAUUUCCCCUUAAAACCGGAACAUCUAGCUCUGGCCUGCUCUCAUCCAUAGCCAGCUCCUGCUCCCUGCUGCUGAUUGGCUGACGCAGCUUAUUUGCGCAUGGAGCUGAUGUGAUUUGACCGUGGCAUUUAGUCCCGAAAUCCAAAGUGACUCAUACUGGAAGCUGCUCACAUCAGGGUUUUGUUUUCUACUGGAUCUAUGUUCCUGCUGUAGAAGUCCCAACUGUUCUCUGUUUAAAAUAAUGCUCCAAAUGAAUAAGGCCCGACAAUACAUGAUGUUGAUUGAUUAUGUUUGCCAUGUGCUGUGUUUCUCCUCCCCUAUACUACUCAUGGCUUGGUGAUGUGUUUUAUUUUUUAUUCAAUAACAACACUUUUUCUCUCUCCAUGCCUUUCUAGUUGUGUGUCCACUGACCUGUAUGAAUGGAGGGGUGUGCAGCUCGCGGACCCACUGCCUGUGCCCGCCAGGUUUCACUGGGCGGCUGUGCCAGUUCCCGCUAAGGCAGAUGCCCGAGGCCCAGGCGGCGCGGGGCAACAAGCAACCCGUCUACACGCUGUCAGUGCUGCCAGACGGCCAGAGCCAGGGCGAGCAGGCGGCCAUGGGGCGACCACAGCUGGCACAGACCCACUCUGUGUUCACCCUUCCCCUGGCACAGGGGGCAGGACACCACUCAUCAGAAGGUACCAAUCAUGUCAAACUGUUGCCACUGAAACCACAGCCAUAUUUCUGUAUAUUUCAAUACCUGUGCUAUUUAGAAGUUUAUUUUGGGUGACAUUAUAAAGAACUGUAGUCACAUUCAUGUAAUCUCCCAUAUGUUUCUCUCUAUCUUUUUUUCUUGGUGUCUCCCUUCUUUCUCCCCCCUCCCCCCCCUAUCUCUCUCUCUCUCUCUCUUUUCAGUGCAGUUCAAUGUGCGUGUCCACCAUACACACGACACAUCCGUUGUCAUCCGUCCUCUCGACCAAUCGAAUUCCAAGCCCCCUCAUAAAACUGUGACACGCUUGACCCCUCAGACGCACAAACCCAGGGGGCGGUGCUUCCAGGAGACCACGCCCAAACAAGCUGUGAGUUACACCGCCCAUCAACACAGUGAUUAUCACUUCACAUUCAAUUAUCGCCAUUUUGUGCAUUUCCCUCUUUCUUUCUCUUUCUCACGCCAUGUGCUUCAGUGUAGCAGUACCCCUCUUCCUGUACUGACCAACCAGGAGGACUGCUGUGGAAGUGUGGGGAACUCCUGGGGACAAAACAAAUGUUAUAAAUGUCCCAAGCUACCGUGUGAGUACCAAAUGCCUCAGAAUGAACUUCUUGACUUGCUUAAGUGUGUGUGUGUGUGUGUGCACGCGCAUGUGUGUGUGUCCUUUCUGAAAUACUGGUGAUCUGCCAUUCUAUCAUUUGUGAUCUUCUGUCCUCCAUCUCUAACUGCAUAUCUGUCGUGUAUCUUGAUUAUUAUCUGUCAAGGUGUGACAACUGAGUUUCCAUUGUUUAUAAUUUGACUCCUUGGCAGAUGUCUUAUCUGGAUGUCUCUGCUGUUAUACGGAUUAAGUCAUUUGUUUACGGAGCCAAAAACGUCAACCGUCCCCGCCAAUCAUUCAUUCCCAGCUCAUGAAAAAAUGUGCCUGCAUUUUUGUGUGUGUGUGUGUGUGUGUGUGUGUGUGUGUGCUCAAGUGAGUGAAGGAGAGGGAGAGCGAGGGAGAGCGAGGGAGAAGUACCCUGCAGUUACGUGUCUUCCCAUGUGCCAGGCCAGUGGAAUACUGUCAUCGAAUUUCAAGCUGCGCCCCACAAAUCUCUUGCCCACUCCAUUUUUCUAUUACUCCAUUCCUCAGUUGUGAGUCAGACAAAGAACCCUUUGUAAGAAAAGGAUAGCUCUGGUUAUUCUUUCAACUUGGGACAGCAGGAUCCCUGUCUGGCGUGCUUCUCCUCUCUUUUCUAGGAACGUUGUAGGAACGUUGUAGGAACGUUGAAUUGUUUGUAUGACACGCCUUCUGUGUAUGAACAGACAAAAGGGACUAGCGGAAAAUAUGAUUCUGGACUUUUCUUGGGAAGCAUUCACUUUUUAAAGUUGUACUUUUCUUUCAAUAUAUUUUUGAAAUGUAUUCUGGAAGGAAAUGUUCUCACAGUUUCCGACAAGUUUUUUCUUGACAUAUUUCUGACUAGUGGAAAAUGCACUCAUCGACCACUGUUUUCUAUCUUCAUUUGAUUCCUUUCUGUUAAGUCGCUAUUUCCCAGAUGAGGUGGAGUUUGGUGUGGUUGUUUUACCCCUGUUCUCUUUUAUUUUCCCACUCUUAGUGCUCUCUUGCUCAGACUUGGAUACCCGGAAUCCAGAGAAGGCUGGUGGGAGGAGCUAUAGGAGGACGGGCUCAUUGUAAUGGCUCGAAUUGAAUAAAUGUAACGGUAGAAAAACACAUCAAACAUAUGGAAACCACAUUUAUUUCAUUCCAUCCAUUACAAUGAGCCAUCCCUCCUAUAGCUCCUCCCACCAGCCUCCUCUGCCGUAAACUCUCAAUCCCAGGCUCUGAUCAAUCUUGUGUCAUCUAUGCACACAUAUGUCCCAUGGAAUCAUACACACUUACUGUCAUGCUGCCUAUGUUGACAGUGUGUCCAGACAAAACAAGGAACAGUUGAAUGAGCUAGCUACUUAGUGUAUGACUGCUAUUAGAAACAGAGUAGGAUAGUUCGGAUGUAGGAUGAUGCUAUUACUAAUGGAUUAGUCUUUCUUCUCAGAUUCUCAGAGAUUUAUAGAAUGUUCUACACAGUGUCUAAUGAGCAUUAUAAACUGGGUGGUUCGAGCCCUGAAUGCUGAUUGGCUGACAGCCGUGGUAUAUCAGACCGUAUACCACGUGUAUGACAAAACAUUUAUUUAUACCGCUCUAAUUACGUUGAUAACCCCCCCCCCCCCAUUCCCUGCCUUACCCUCAGAUGCUGGAGUGAAGCUGCAGACCAUCAUAGAGGACUAUGGUUCCACCUGCCCUCUGGGCUACAAGAGACUCAACAGCACCCACUGUCAAGGUAACAUUAAUCAAGUUUUGUUUGGUACGUGCUACAGCUACUGCUUCACUGACAAGCCAAUCCUCACUCUCUCUCCCCCACUCUCUCUCCCCCCACUCUCUCUCCCCUCACUCUCUCUCCCCCCACUCUCUCUCCCCCCACUCUCUCUCCCCCCACUCUCUGUCCCCAACUCUCUCACCUGUAAGACAUCAACGAGUGCACCAUGCAGGGGGUGUGUCAGAAAGGGGAGUGCCUGAACACCCAGGGUAGUUUCCUGUGUGCCUGUAAGCCUGGCUUCACCCUGGACAGGACCAGAUGUGUGGGUGAGACUCAGAACCUCUUCCAGACAGACCCGGGUCACAAACCACUUCUUAUGCAAAACCUUAAGAAGCUUCUUAAGAAAAAAAAAUGCAAUUCCUCAAACACUUCUUAAGAACUCAUGAUUUUCUUAAGAACUUCUCAAAAUCUUCUUAAGAACUUCUUAACUAUCUUAUUGGUGGUCCUCUGUAGCUCAAUUGGUAGAGCAUGGUGCUUGUAAUGCCAGGGUAGUGGGUUCAAUCCCCGGGACCACCCAUACGUAAAAAUGUAUGCACACAUGACUGUAAGUCGCUUUGGAUAAAAGCGUCUGCUAAAUGGCAUAUUAUUAUUAUUAUUAUUAUUAUUAUUAUUAUUAUUAUUAUUAUUAAAAUGAUUGUUACUAGGCAACCGAUUUAGCUAGCGAUCAAGCUAGCAAUGGCAGUCAUGUUAGCAUAUUUCGUACCGAGAUUACUGUUCUAAAACAUGUUCUUUGGUUUAAAAUAAUCAAUACUGAAACUUUCAGAUGACGUUUGUGAGUGAAUUAAACAUGUGCAAAAAAAUUGCAGUUAAGAAGAAAUGUAUUCUUAAGGUUUUGUGAAUGUGGGCCCUGCUCUACACAGGACUUUGCAUUCACACAGCACAGAUAUAUCGUUUUCAGUAGCAGCAGCACUAUUCACUUUAUUCUCCUGUCUCCUCUCCUCUCAUCUGGGGCUGGUUUAGAGACUGUGAAGUGUCUUUUUUUUUAUUUGUUGGCAAUCGAGAGGCUGAAAUGUGUUUCACAUCCAAAAAGCUGUCACCAAAGCAGACAGCUUAGCUUUGAUGUCCCAAUAUUUAGUGUGCUGUUUUUACACAUCCAUUAUUUCCAUUAUUUAAAAUGCCACUCAUCUGAAAUGAUAGAAAUGUCAUAUGAUUUUCCUCUCAAUAAAUAGCACUACACCGAUUGACCUCUUUUGUCAGCCUAAUGUCUUAACUCAGACCUCUGUUGUGUUUUGCUCUGUUCUGACUGAUCCUGGCUGUCAGACUCUCCAUCUCCAGUGGAGCAGGCUCAGUGUUUCCUCAUGGCAACAGAGGCGGGUCGCUGUGAGCAUGCCCUACCCACGCACCUGUCCCAGGAGAUGUGCUGCUGCACCGUGGGCAAGGCCUGGGGCUCCAGCUGUGAGAGGUGUCCCCAAGACGGCACAGGUCAGUGGGAUGCUAGAGAGGGAGAGUGGGGGAUUUCAGUAUUUGACAGGUGAUUUGACAGGUGAUAUGCUGUAUGAUUAGUGCUCAUCUGAUCCCCUAUUUUUCCUUCUCUUUCCUCUCUUCCUGGUCCCCCAGCCUCCUUCAACAAGAUCUGUCCAGCAGGGAAGGGCUACUUCCUCCAUAGUGUCCGGGAGACAGUGGCGUUCCCUCCUCAGAUCCACACCAGCCUGGAGCAGGAGCACAAGCAGGGUGAGUCAGUCACUGUGGCUUUCCCAAGACGUAGAUGAAGGCAAGGCAUGAUUACCUUUGUCUGCCUGCCAACAGAUGUACUACAUUCUGGAGUCUCUAGUCACUUAGAAAGAUGAUAUUGCUAAGCUUGUGAGAGCAUGCUGUCAGGUUAUUGGAGAUGCCUCCAUAUUACUGUUACUUAAGAGUGCCUCAAAUUCAUAAUCUGUGAAUUACAAUGCGUCAUUAUUCUGCAUUUUGACCAGUGUGUUCUCUUUUUCAGAAGUCAAGCCCCCGGUAAGAAACUAUUUUCCUUUAGACACCAGUCAUUGUGGGAGAGAGUGUGUGUGUGUGCAGAUCCUCUUACAUUUGACAAUUUAUAUAUUUUUAGUCGUUUGGCAGACGCUCUUGUCCAGAGCGACAUGCAGUAGUGAGUGCAUACAUUUUCGCAGGGGCGCAACUUUGGUUUUAGAAGUGGGGGGGACAUAAAUAUAUUUUUUUUAUCCAGUCGGAUAAACACUCCAAACAGCCUACCCGACCGCUCGGAGGCUUCCGCAUGGUCCUAAAGCACACUGUUGCCUCAUUUUGAAUCACAUUCCAAUGAUAAAACUGGAGGCGACAAAAAUGCUAUUUCAUAAUGUGGGGGGGGGGGGGGGGUGGCAUGUCCCCCGUCCCCUGUGAAAGUUGCACCCCUGCAUUUUCGUACUGGCCUGUGUCUCUGUGUCCUGUCCUGUAGGAGGGGCCUCCAGAGACAACUACACCUAUGCAGCUGUCCACCCGCGGCCCUCGCGGCCCUGGUACGCCUCUCAUUCCUUUAUUUUUUAUUUAUCUUGUAUUAAUCCAGAAAGUCCUAUUGAGGUCAAGAGAGGCCUUUUACUAGGAAAACCUGGUGAUAUUCAGGGAGACAUGGGGUAUUGAGUGGGUCUGUCUGUUUCUUUGGUUGGUCCCACAGAGAUCAUCACCAAGCCCACCCCUCCGCCCAUCAUCAGGGUGAACCCAGACAGUGGCCCCCUGGAGGUGGCACAGACGCAGGUCUCACGUGAGUUCCACUAAACAGUCCAAUCAAAACCACCAUCUCAUGUUAACAUUAAGAGCUGCAACGUUGUUGUCUCCAUGAUGUGGUGUACAGUCCAGAGAUCAACCGUCUUAGGGUGAUUGCUGUGUGCCCCCCUCCCCACAGCAGAGACAGACGAGUGCAGGUUGAGCAGGAACCUCUGUGGCCAUGGGGAGUGUGUCAAUGUGCACACUGGUUACAAGUGUGAAUGCUACGCUGGCUACCGGCUCCACCCUCAGAGGAACGCCUGUGUGGGUAAGUCAAGGGACUGACAGAAGCAUGUCCAAAUGAAUGGGAGGUAUUUACUGGGCAAAAUAUUUUGACCAGAGCCAUAUAACGCACUCUAUAUCAUAAUAGUUUCAUUGAACUUGCAUGUCAAUUCUCAAAAGGAGUUAUAACCUCCCAAUUCCCUAAACCUCCAAGUUACCCCUCUCUACCAGAUGAUGAUGAGUGUGAUGCUGAGCCAUGUGGCCAUGGAAGAGGCAUCUGCAUCAACACAGAAGGCUCCUACCGCUGCCGCUGUCUCCAUGGCUACAAGCUCCUGGUGUAUCAUGGGAAACUCAGAUGUAUAGGUGAUUGGUGUUGUGUGGGUUUAUGUGUUUUUAUUUUCUUUGUUUCUCCCUCUAGUCUUUACUUUGUCACUUGUGAUUUCUCAUUAGUGGGUUUUGGACUUAUCUUUAGAUGUGAAUGAAUGCUCCAAGCCGGACAUCUGUGGACAGGGGGGUCAGUGUGUUAACCUGCCAGGGUCCUACAAGUGUGAUUGUCACAAAGGCUUCAGGAGCAAGUCCCAACGCCAGCCAGCCUGUGAAGGUAAGAACUGCUGCUGCCCUCAUCUCUGGUCGUAGGGUGUAUGUUUGUCUCCACAUUUGUGUGUGCAGUGUACACUGAGUGCACAAAACAUUAAGAAUGCUCAUUACAUUACAUAGACUGACCAGGCGAAUCAAAUCAAAUCAAACUUGAUUUGUCACAUGUGCCGAAUACAACAGGUGUAGACCUUACCGUGAAAUGCUUACUUACAAGCCCUUAACCAACAAUGAAGUUCAAGAAAGAGUUAAGAAAAUAUUUACCAAAUAGACUAAAGUAAAAAAGUAACACAAUAAAAUAACAAUAACGAGGCUAUAUACAGGGGGUACCGGUACUGAGUCAAUGUGCGGGGGUACAGGUUAGUCGAGGUCAUUGUCAUUUGUGCAUGUAGGUAGGGGUAAAGUGACUAUGCAUAGAUAAUAGAUAGCGGGUAGCAGCAGUGUAAAAACAAUGGAGGGGGGUGUCAAUGUAAAUAGUCCGGGUGGCCAUUUGAUUAAUUGUUCAGCAGUCUUAUGGCUUGGGGGUAGAACCUGUUAAGGAGCCUUUUGGUCCUAGACUUGGUGCUCCGGUACCGCUUGCCGUGCGGUAGCAGAGAGAACAGUUUAUGACAAUUGUUUGGGCUUUCCUCUGAAAGCCUUACGGUCAGAUGCCGAGCAGUUGCCAUACCAACCGGUCAGGAUGCUCUCUGGUGCAGCUGUAGAACUUUUUGAGGAUCUGGGGACCCAUGCCAAAUCUUUUCAGUCUCCUGAUGGGGAAAAGGUGUUGUUGUGCCCUCUUCACGACUGUCUUGGUGUGUUUGGACCAUGAUAGUUCGUUGGUGAUGCGGACACCAAGGAACCUGAAACUCUCGACCCAUUCCACUACAGCCCCGUCGAUGUUAAUGGGGGCCUGUUCGGCCCGCCUUUUCCUGUAGUCCACGAUCAGCUCCUUUGUCUUGCUCACAUUGAGGGAGAGGUUGUUGUCCUGGCACCACACUGCCAGGUCUCUGACCUCCUCCAUAUAGCCUGUCUCAUCGGUGUCAGUGAUCAGGCCUACCACUGUUCUGUCGUCAGCAAACUUAAUGAUGGUGUUGGAGUCGUGUUUGGCCACGCAGUCAUAGGUGAACAGGGAGUACAGGAGGGGACUAAGCACGCACCCCUGAGGGGCCCCAGCGUUGAGGCUGUUCUGAGGGCAAAAAGGGAGGGGGGAGUUCCUAAUAUUUUGUACACUCAGUGUAUGUGUGUCUACAUUGGUUUAAUAAUGCUCUCGUGUUUAUGAGUGGCUGUGUUUGUCUGGUGUAUUCUCGUCUCAGAUAUAAAUGAGUGUCUGGACCCCAGCAGCUGUCCCAAUGAGCAGUGUGAGAACACCCCAGGAUCCUAUGAGUGUAUACCCUGCUUACCUGGUCACCAGGCCCAGGGUGGGGUCUGUUACGGUGAGACCUACGUCUUAAUAAUAAUAAUAUGCCAUUUAGCAGACGCUUUUAUCCAAAGCGACUUACAUUCAUGUGUGCAUACAUUUUUACGUAUGGGUGGUCCCGGGGAUCGAACCCACUACCCUGGCAUUACAAGCACCAUGCUCUACCAAUUAAGCUACAUAGGACCACAUGUGUCUUCAUACACAUGGAUAAACACACACUAAAGAGAACAAACACACCACUCAACUCCCUUCAUUACCUUUAACUGUCUAUCUCUCUGUUGUUAGAACUUUUCUAACUUGAGACAUUAUGUUUGGGGAUGUAUUGCCACCUAGUGGCGUUACUGAAUGGUAAAUAGGAUAUUCUUAUGGAAAAACUGUGACGGACAGUCAAAUCAGCAAGUAGAAUAUUGAUUCUGAACAUUUAAUAUGAUUGAUCUUCCCCACUGUUAUUUUGGUCGGAAACCAUGACAUGGAAGGUUAUUCACUAUUUCAGAGCUGUGUGAUGGUAGAAGAAUGGACUUGAUCAGUCAUAGUCGCCGUAAACUCAGGCCAGAGGGCGGUCCUUGCCCCCAAUGGGGCACCAAGCCAGUCCAAGCUGUUUCCUCUAUGAUUUUCAUACCCCUUACUCCACCCUGCAACUGCACAAUGAUUUUGUAUUACUGAAAGGGUGCGUGUUAGCCCUGUGCCUCCAUCUUUUUAUAUAGCCUUCUCUAUUUGAAGCUAUAAAAAUGCAUGUAUUAAUGUCUACAUCAUUUUGUCAUGAUUAAUUACAGACCCUAAGCAUACUUUAAUAAAUCUAAGCAAACAUUUUUUUAAAGAAAAGUAUAUAAAGCUUUCUAAUUCAUUCUUUGAGAUACAAAUGUCCACAAUAAAACAACAAACAACUUAUACAGUAAUUUGUCUUUGACUUUAAGAAAGCUUUAGAUUCAAUUGUGGUUACUGCUCCUACUGGGGAGUGCCAAUAUGGCCGACCGAUGGCUUCAAAGCCUCUCAAUGGCCAAUGCAUAGCAUUAACAAUCUAGGGUUUAUAUACAGUGAGUAUACCAAACAUUAGGAACAUCUUCCUAAUAUUGAGUUGCACCCCCCCCCCCCCCCCUUUUGCCUUCAGAACAGCCUCAAUUUGUCAGGGAAUGGACUCUACAAGGUGUCAAAAGCAUUCCACAGGGAUGCUGGCCCAUGUUGACUCCAAUGCUUCCCACAGUUGUGUCAAGUUGGCUGGAUGGCCUUUGGGAGAUGGACCAUUCUUGAUACACAUGGGAAACUGUUGAGCGUGAAAAACCCAGCAGCGUUGCAGUUCUUGACACAAACCGGUGCGCCUGGCACUUACUACCAUACCCCGUUCAAAGGCACUUCAAUCUUUUGUCUUGCCCUUUCACCCUCCGAAUGGUACACAUACACAAUCCAUGUUUCAAUUGUCUCAAGGCUUAGAAAUCCUUUUUUAACCUGUCUCCUCCCCUUCAUCUACAUUGAUUUAAGUGGAUUUAACAAGUCACAUCAAUGAGGGAUCAUAGCUUUCAACUGGAUUCACCUGGUCAGUCUAUGUCAUGGAAAGAGCAUAUUUUGUAUACUCAGUGUAAAUCAUUGUCUACAACCCCUCUACCUUUCCACUAGAUGUCAAUGAAUGCCAGAAGCGUGGGGUGUGUCCCAACGGGCGCUGUGAGAACCUCCCAGGAACAUACCGCUGCCUCUGUAACGAAGGCUUCCUCCCAGCUGCAGACAGCAAAGGCUGCAGAGGUCAGUGCACUCAUUAAUGUUUAAUAGAAUAUCUCUUGGUGCUGCACAUAUACCAUUUAUAUGCUUGCAGACUUGCAGUGGUGUAGUGGUUACCAGUAUUUCUUAAUAAUAUUGAACAAAGAAAACUAAUGGGUAUACAGGUUCUAUUGACAGGCUGCAUGUGUCUCCUUCUCUCCCUUCCAGACAUUGACGAGUGUGAGGAUGACAGACUGUGUGCCAACGGACGCUGUGUCAACACAGAGGGCUCCUUCCAGUGUCAUUGCUACCCAGGAUACCAGCGCACUCAGGAGGGCAGCCAUUGUGAAGGCAUGAGCUACUUCUUAUUAAUCACAUCACUAUAGCUUCAUGGACAUGUUAACAAUGUUUUUACACUACUAGUGAAGUAUGAGUAACAUGUCCACUGUAUAGAGCUGGUGAUCAAACACACAGUUGCCGUUUGAUUGUGGUCUUUUCCUCCCUCAGAUAUAAAUGAAUGUGAGCGUCCCUCUAACUGCCAGAGGGGGCGCUGUAUCAACAGCAUGGGCUCCUACCGCUGUGAAUGUCAGAAGGGCUACAUGCUUGUCGGGGGGAGGCGGUGCCAAGGUCAGUCAGUCUCCACCCUCUCUAUGAGUUUGGCAUUUCAGGGAAAUAAAAGUUAUACUGUCAACCAUUCUGGCAGUGGAGCUCUGUAAUUAGUCGAAAAUGUCAUAAGUCAAGCUUAAUGGUCCAAUGCAGCCAUUUUUAUCUCAAUAUCAAAUAAUUUCUGGGUAACAAUUAAGUACCUUACUGUGAUUGUUUUAAAUUAAAAUGUAAAAAAAUAAACUAACUUAUUGAGAGCAUUUUCUCAAGCAAGAACUUUGAGAGUGGUUUGAGUGGGGAGGGGAAAACUGACAAUUAGCUGUUAUUAGCAGAGAGGUUUGGAACUCUCUUUCUUAUUGGUCUAUUAAUUUAGUGAAUGGUGAUGUCACCAUGGAAGGCCAAAACUCCCUCUCACCAAAACAGGCUGAUAUUUCAUGCAGUCUUUUCAAACAGCUCUUACACUAAAAGGGCAUUAUCAUCAUUUUUACAAUUUCACAGUAUUAUUCGAACCUCCUAUUGUGGAAAUAUAUAUAAAACACAGGAAAAUAGUGUUUUAGACUGCACUGGGCCUUUAAUGGAAGUCAUGAUGAUAGUAACACGUUCUCCUUCCCUCUCCCUCACCCUCUCCCUCUCUCCCUCUCCCCCCUCCCUCUCCCCCUCUCUCCCUCUCCCCCUCUCCCCCUCUCUCCCUCUCCCUCUCCCUCCCACCCACCCAGACAUAGAUGAGUGUGUGACAGACUGGAGUCUGUGCCAGCCUCAUGGUGUGUGUGAGAACAGACAGGGCUCCUACGUGUGUGUGUGCAAAGAUGGCUUCAUCCUGUCUGAGGACAAGCAAAGCUGUGAGGGUAAGAUUACUGAUAUCAUCUCAGCCCUCUCUUUAUGUAGCUAUAUUCUGCAUGCACACACACAAACACACAAACACACACACACACACACAAACACACACACACACACACAAACACACACACAACAAUCUAUUUCCUCUCUUCCCCCUCCAUCCAGAGAUUGAGGUGGAUGUGGAGGAUAAGAAGGAGUGUUACCUGAACCUGGAUGACACAGUGUUCUGUGACAGUGUCCUGGCCACCAACGUCACCAAGCAGGAAUGCUGCUGCUCCAUCGGCGUGGGCUGGGGGGACCACUGUGAGAUCUACCCCUGCCCCGUCUACCACACAUGUACGUACCUCAGGCCCAACAACACACACACACACACACACACACACACACACACACACUAGUUUACCAAGCCUCUGAGCCAUCAAGUGGGCUGGGGAUCUGUUCAGUUACUUGCACUGUUCAAUGUCACUCAUUGAUUACUAAAGUAAGCUGGUUGUUUUUCCUCCAACUAGCUGAGUUCCAUUCCCUGUGUCCAGUGGGCCGAGGUUUCUACCAUGAGGAGGGAGUAACUGAGUACGGCCUGUCUGUCCACAGAGGUGAGUAGCUACACAACCUCAGCCCAACUACGGUAGGUUUGCUGUUAUCUGAUUUACAGCAUUCAUUUACAUGGCAGGAUUUGUUUUCAGGUGAAGUUUGUUUGUGUUGAGAUCAUUGCUCCUGUCUCUCUGUGUACAGAUAUCGAUGAGUGUGUGCUCUUCUCCAAUGAGAUCUGUAAGGAGGGCCGCUGUAUGAACACACAACCUGGCUAUGAAUGUUACUGCCAACAGGGCUUCUACUACGACAGCAACCUAUUGGAGUGCAUCGGUAACCACCGAGCCCCACCUCACUCAGGCCUGCACCAAAACACACCUCUGUAUUAUUACACAUUAUAAACUGGGUUGUUCGAGCCCUGAAUGCUGAUUGGCUGACAGCUGUGGUAUAUCAGACCGUAUACCAGGGGUAUAACAAAACAUUUAUUUUUACUGCUCUAAUUAUGUUGGUAUCCAGUUUAAAUAGCAAUAAGGUACCUCGGGGGUUUGUGGUAUAUAGCCAAUAUACCACGGCUAAGGGCUGUAUCUAGGCAUGCCGCGUUGCGUCGUGCAUAAGAACAGCCCUUAGCUGUGGUAUAUUGGCCAUAUACCACACCCCCUCGGGCCUUAUUGCUUAAUUAAUACACAUCAGAUGAUCCCAUUUAAUGUAUCUCCUCCUCAGAUGUGAAUGAGUGCCACGAUGAGUCUCUGUGUACCAACGGUCAGUGUAAGAACACCAGAGGCUCCUUCUACUGCACCUGUAACUCUCCCUGGACCCCUGAUGCUUCCAAGAAGAAGUGUGUGAUCCCCACUGUGGCAGGUGAGCCCUCUACUGUCCAUGUUCUAUCCACACACAGGGAGGUACAGUACAGUACAGGCCAGAGAGCAGGACGUGUGUUAAGUCUGCGGUGUGUUUUUGUUGCUGCAGGUGUGGAUGAGUGCCAGGACCCAUUGAACUGUAAGAGUGGCCACUGUGUGGACACCCCUGGGUCUUACUACUGCAUCUGCUCUACCCCCUGGAUCCUGGCCACCGACCGCAACAGUUGUGUGACCCCAGAGGAGCAGGCUGGUGAGUGGAGGAGAGGAGACUAAGAGGGGAUGAGGUGGGCUCUGGAAUCUCAGGAUGGAUGACUUGGAGGUGGUGGUGGUGGUGGUGGUGGUGUGAGAGGGGCUGGGUAGUGUAGUUCACAGUUGGUUGGUUCUCAGUGGUGGCUCUGUGUAUGGGCGAGGGAGGUUGAAUGAAAUAAUGUUUUUUAAUGUUAGUUCCAGUCUAACCCUACUAAUCAGCCAGACCUGCCUUUCCAGCCUCACCCGUUCUUACAUUCACAUAACUUCAUAUCUGUCACAUAGAUCAGAGGUUCACAAACUGGACGCCUGGGGGUCCGCUGAGGUACUGCAGGGCAUCCACGGCCAGAUCUAAAAAAAUAUAUAUAUAUUUUUUUAACAUUUCCUUUUUUUUGUAUAAAUAUUGCUAGCAACAAAAGAUUAAACAAAUUUGUCCAAGGGGUCUGUGGAAGAAGUUUAGAUGGUGCAAUGCAAUACAAUGUAAUAUUAUUCAUCUAUAAUAUACCCUUAGACGCACAACAGGGCCUGGGAGGCUCACAGGGAUCCACAGUACUCCAUCAAUCAUCCAGUUUGCAACUCAAUACUUCUUGUAUUCCCUAAAAAUGUUGUUUUGAACAUAAAUGCACUGUCAUUUAAGCUUUAAAACUGCAAAAUUGUCUGUCUGCCCCAUGUGAAAAUGUGUAGAGUUGCAGGAAAUUAGCUUUAAAACUGAAACAUUUUCUCUCUGCCUAUGGCAAAAUGUGUAGAGUUGCAGGAAAUUAGCUUUAAAAUGUUCUCUCUGAUGCAAAGAGUGGGGCCUUUAAAAUGUUAUUUCCCAGGGCCUGAGACUUGGUUAGUCCGGCCAUUCACUGCAGCUGUCAUAGUAACACUCCUUGUAUGCUAUUUCUAUCGCACUCCAAAGUCAGAGUUGUGUUCUGCUUUUGUGGGAUGAAUUUGCUAUCACAAAAUGGGUCCCCGGAUCCAAAAUGUUUGGGAGCCCCUGAUCAUACUGUAGAUAGAUCAGAGAUAAACUCAAACACAACCCUGGUCCUAUGCUAUAGCCACUAAUGGGCCGUGUUCAUUGUGAGGAUCCUCAACCGAUCAAUAGACACCCAAACACUCUGGUGCGUGUGCUCAGGAAGCAGUGUAACGUAGUGAUCUGCCUGCAGGCCUGUUCAACGUCACAUUACGUUAAGAGCUGUCCCCAGGCUGGUGUCUGUCCCUCCGUCCGUAGGUUGUGUAACCCAUGUCUGUGGUGUCUGUGGUGCCCCUUGCAGAUAUCAAUGAGUGCCAGGACCCCUCGUACUGUAAGAAUGGGAGGUGUGUGAACACGCCCGGCUCCUUUCACUGUAUAUGUACCCAGCCACUCACCUUCAGCGCAGCGCUCAAACAGUGCGUCUAUGACGGUGGGUAUAACCAAUCGGCGCUCAGCUCACCUGAGCCUGACCAAUCAGUGCUCAGCUCACCUGAGUUUUGGCUUACCUGUACACCUGCCACUCCUGCUACUCUUUUUAACUCCUCCACCUUUGAGCCCCCGUUCCCCAAUACUGACUCCAUGCACAGGCUCAGCACUCCCCCUCUUGCUUGUUUCCAUAGAAACACACUCAGUUUAGUGAGGGAGAUCCUGAGACCUGAGAUGGUCAAUGUGAUCUCAGUUCUAUAGGUCCAGUGUGAUCCUGUUGCACAUUUCUCAGUUUCCGUUUAUGUGGUUGCCCCACUAAGCUUGCAUAGUCACCGGAAAACACUUCAUUACUUCAUCCUUCAUUGUGUGCAUGUGAGACGCAGUGAGAGAGUGUAAGUAAAAUGGAGCCAAGUGAUAUUGCUUGUGGCAUUUUCUGCACCUUUCUCCAAAGCAUCGUUUCUCCUUUUAACCAAACUGUUGACUGUUGCGAUACAUUUGAUGCUGUAAAACUUGUAUACGAUGUUGUGACAUUACUCUUGCGAUUGUGUUACUUUCUUUGCAUAUACUUGUUGUAAAGUCUCACAAGUUUGCAUUGACAAUCCAGCUUUUACUUUAUUGUGUCUGUGUGGUUUUUAUGGCGCCAUCCUUGUGUGUGAUGUGUGACUGUAAAUGAAUGUGCAGAGGAGCGGUCUGGCAUAGCUCUGAGCCCUACCACCUCAAGCUAGACCUCAUUGCUUAUUCAUAUCUACCUGCUGACUGUUAACAUGCUGAGCAAUUACUUGGUUAAUCAUAGAGGUCAUUAUAAGUGGCAGGAUCUGGCCUGCUUGCAUAAUGCAGGAGCAAAGAUUGGCUUUUUGAUUUGAUGGAAUAAUCCUUAAUAUUCCUCUCUCUCUCUCGCUCUCUCGCUCUCUCGCUCUAUCACUAUCUUUCUCUCGCUCCCUUUCCCCCCUCUCUUCCUACCUCAGACCGCACGGCGGCCCAUAAGGACGUGUGUUUCCUGCAGGUGGAUGAGGAUCUGAUCUGCAGCCAACCCAGAAAUGGCCUGGUGUUCACCUACUCUGAGUGCUGCUGUCACUAUGGCCGUGGCUGGGGCCCUGAGUGUAGGACCUGCCCCCAAAGAAACUCAGGUGGGCACCAGCACUCAGUCAUUCUUUCACUGGUUUUUAGUUUCUGGUCUGCUGGUCAUUCCAGUAUUAGCCCGUAUCAGCAGAAAUAGUCUAAUACUAAUAACUUAAUUAAGUUUAUCUUAAUUCUUCCUCUCGUUCAGUGAUCUUUAACCGGCUGUGUGACAUGCACUUGGAGACAGAGUCUGAUGGUGAGGGAGAUUUCCUGGCAGCUUUCGCCAACUACAACCCAGGUAUUGGUAAGGCCUGUAAUAUAUUUUAUUAUACUCUGAAUUUGGUUAUAAAUUCACCUCAGAGCACAAACUCUACCGUCACACCACUUGAAUAAUAUUUUCUCUCCCUCUCUACUGUCUCUCUGUCUCUCUGCCUCUCUCUCUCUGUCUGUCUGUCUGUCUGUGUGUGUGUGUUUUGGCUCAGAAGGGGACAGUUCAGAAGAGGACUCAGAUGAGUGUAGUUGUGCCAAUGGGCGUUGUGUGCGUUCCUACUUGAGCACUAUGUGUGAUUGUAACACAGGCUUUAGGCUGGACCACUCCCGCACCCGCUGCACCGGUAUGUUGACAAUUCACCUGUUCUGCCUGUCUGCUUCCCUUAAACUUUGGGUUAGAUUAGAGUGAAGGUGACUGCUUGAAUUUCAGUCAUCUCAAUCUUUAGGUGGAUAUCAAUUGGAUGCUUAUCAAUUCUGCAAACAGAAGUGUCUCUGUAUAAUUUGUAGCUGUUGUCCUUUGUUCAAGUGUUUUGACCGACAAUGCCUGAAAUCUAAUUUAGAAUUUUGGAAUGUUGAUUUUAUAUGUAAAGAGAUGUGCAGCCAGAGAUGGCAAGCUCUCUGUUUUGUUUCAAACCAUCUCCCUCUCUCGCUCUCUCUCUCUCUCUCUCUCUCUCUCUCUCUCUCUCUCUCUCUCUCUCUCUCUCUCUCUCUCUCCUCUCUCUUUUCAGAUAUUGAUGAGUGUGCUGAACCAGGGGUCCGAGUUAAUCCAUGCAAGAAUGCCCGCUGUGUCAACACCAUAGGUUCAUUCAAGUGCUACUGCAAAAAUGGCUUUGUCCCUGCACGAAGGCCUAACAUGUGUGUACCAGGCACCAAGGCCCAAAAUGUCCGUACCAGGGCUCUAUAACAGCUUUAUCUCUGUCAAACAUACACAAAUACACACGUAACCCCUCUGUCUUAUAAAUUCAGUAUUCAGUGUGUGCCUGUCUGUCCUUGAAGUGUCCCUCGAAAAUUUUGUGGUGUCUUCAAAGGGCUUGUUUGAAAUGUUUGAAAUGUACAAAAUGUGUUGUUGUUGUCGGCUCCUCCUUCACUGAAAUGAGAUGCAGCAUAGGCCUCCAGUUUGGCUCUGAACAACAGUUGUCCCCUUAUACCUAGUUCAGUUAAUGAUUUGGGGGAAAAAUACAGACAAAGGUAACAUAUUCAUUAAUUUUUUAUGUAUUUUUGUAAUUAUUAUUAUGAUUUUUAUAUGUUUGUGUUCAUUGACUGUUAAACUUGUGUUUUGUUGAGUUGUGUCCUUGUUGCAUUGAUCUUAUACAUCCAUGAAUCUUAAGCCCUCCUGCAGUUUGAUGAGGAGGUUCCUCCCUUCCUCCCACUCCCUUCCUGUGUGUCUGAAUGCCUGUAUGAGUAGCAGACCAUUAUCGUCCAUUUUUUAUCGGCCUCUGUCUCUGUCCUCCUCCAUUGUCUAGUUUUGUACAGUAUGUAAAGUGGAGAUUACUUUGUUGCCUGUUAGCUCAGUGCAUAUCAUGCUCCUGUAAUUAUCUGUUUUAUGGGAUGUUUUGGAAAGAGAUUAUACUUCAUUGUAAAGCCAUUAAGCGCCUUUUAGAUUUUCAACAAGUGCAUAUUGAAUACAAUAGAAGCUGACUAAAGGUAAAGCGGUAAGAGGUCGUAUUCAGACCUAACUCGUGGAUUCAGAGGGAAUCCUCAGGAGUACGGUGGUAAAUCGACCCCAAAGUAAAUGCAGUGGCAUGUUUAGUGACUUCUCUUAACAAAAUGACAGUUUGUUUGUCUAUGCAUUGUUAGGAACCAAAGAGGCUUUUGAGCGAAAAAACAAAUAAACGGGAGAAGUCAACCACCCAAAUGUGUGUUUGUGAGUGUAUUCUUUAUAAAGCGUGUUUGUUCAUUCUUUGGGAUUAGAGGUCUUUCCCGUCCAUAUCCUGUUCUGUCCAUGAGAAGAAAAUCAACAGAGGCUAAUGCAGUAUAGAACAGGUUGCUUCAUAAAUAAAUAACAUAUUAAAUGUACAUUUAGUGAGAUGAUUAAGAUAAGAGCCUCUGGC